UCUUUUCAUAAUUGAUACUGCAGAUUUCAUUGAGAGAGAGAGAGAGAGUUUCAUCUCAUAUGGCUACUGUUUGUCCAGUUGCUCCGCUCCACCAAGAAGCUAAUGCUUCUCGGCUCAAAAUACGAAGUGUUAAGACUCCAGCUGAAUCUUCCAAGCUCACUUCCAUCCCCUCCCACUGCGCCUCCACCACCUCCACUUCCGAUGAUCAAGCCGUUCAUCCUGACCACGAUGACUCCAUCCCCGUCAUCGACUUCUCUCUCCUAUCCUCAAGUAAUCCCGAUCAACGGUCUAAAGUCGUCUCGGAUCUUGCAAAGGCUUGUCAAGACUGGGGCUUCUUCAUGGUGAUCAACCAUGGAGUCCCCGAGAGCCAAAUGAAAGCGAUGGUAGACAUGCUGACAGGAUUCUUCGAUCUAACCGAGGAGGAGAAGAUGGAGUUCAAAGGGAAGCACGUGUUGGACCCCAUAAGAUGCGGGACGAGCUUCAAUGCUUCGGUCGACAAGGUGCUUUCCCGGAGAGAUUUUCUGAAGGUGAGGGUGCAUCCAAAGUUUCACUGCCCCACCAAACCAGAAGGCUUCAGUGAAGUUUUAACAGAAUACUCCGAGGUGGUCCGGAAAUUAGCUAGGGGACUGCUCAAGGGUAUUUCGGAAAGCCUAGGACUCGAACCGGGCUAUAUCGACGAGGCCAUGAACAUGGAUUCAAGCCUACAGAUAUUAGCGGCAAAUCUGUAUCCGCCGUGCCCGCAGCCAGAACUCACUAUGGGCGUGCCACCACAUGCAGACCACGGCCUGUUGACCAUCCUCAUGCAGAAUGGAAUUGGCGGCCUCCAAGUGCACCACGGCGGGAAGUGGGUCAAAAUAGAUCCCAUUCCGAACGCCUUUUUGGUCAACAUCGGUGAUCACCUAAAGAUUAUGAGCAAUGGGAAAUACAAGAGUGUUCUGCAUCGAGCUGUCACAAACGACAAGGCUACAAGGAUAUCGAUCGCUCUAUCUAAUGGGUCAUCGCCUGACACUGUCAUCACGCCAGUGGAGCAGCUGGUGGAUGGCAAGAACAACCGAGUCAUGCACAUCGGGAUGAAAUAUAAGGACUGCUUGGAACUUCAACAGAGCAGCGUACUCUAUGGGAAAUCAGGCCUCGAUGGGGUUAUUACGCAGCCUAAACUGUCGGAACUUCAACAUAGCAGCGUACUCUAUGGGAAAUCAGGCCUGGAUGGGGUUUUUACGCAGCCUAAACUGUCGGAACUUCAACAGAGCAGAGAACUCUAUGGGAAAUCGGGCCUAGAUGGGGUUUUUAUGCAACCUGAACUAUCGGAACUUCAACAGAGCAGAGAACUCUAUGGGAAAUCGGGCCUAGAUGGGGUUUUUAUGCAACCUGAACUAUCGGAACUUCAACAGAGCAGCGAACUCUAUGGGAAAUCGGGCCUGGAUGGGGUUUUUACGCAGCCUGAACUGUCGGAACUUCAACACAGCGGCGAACUCUAUGGGAAAUCGGGCCUGGAUGGGGGUUUUACGCAGCCUGAAUUGUCGGAACUUCAACAGAGCAGCGAACUCUAUGGGAAAUCGGGCCUGGAUGGGGUUUUAGUGCAGCCUGAACUAUCGGAACUUCAACAGAACAGCAUACUCUAUGGGAAAUCUGGCCUGGAUGGGGUUUUAGUGCAGCCUAAACUGUUAUAGUAAUGGACGUGCGAUCAUGUUCUGCUUCCAGACUGUUUGGACUUUUCAAAUUGCAACCUUAUGGAACAUUAAUAUUAUAUGAUUCCAGGUGCAAGAACCAUAUAGCACUGAUGUAUUUAAGCUGGUCCUUUCAGUUAUGUAUCUUCUUGACAGAAUAAAUGGAAGUAAGAACACCGUAAGUUUGUAGUUCUAUAAA